GUUCAUUCUGCCACGCGCAAUGUCUAUCUCAUCGACACUCCUGGCUUUGACUACACGUACAAAACUGACAAGAACGUCCUGCGGUCUCUAGUUGCUUGGCUCUCUUUAACAUACAAGAACAACAUUUGUCUUCAUGGGGUUCUAUAUCUGCAUCGCAUUACCGACGUGCGAAUGCAAGGCUCUACCAAGGGUAGUGUGAGCCUGUUCCGACAGCUAUGCGGCAAUGAUAACCUAAAGCAUGUCGCUUUGGUAACCAUCAUGUGGAACGCACUAGACGACAAGGAGGUCGGAGUGUCACGGGAGACGGAGCUAUUCUGCCCGAAACCUCGUCGACAUCUUCCUUUCACAAGACUGCGAACAGCGUCUUGA